UCCUCCAAACUUAGCACCUGCAAUUCAAACCCCAGAGAUAAAAACCUUUAGUUAUGCCACCCACGACCUCCCCAUGAUUGCAUACAGCCAUACAUGUCCUUAUCAAAGUUCCCACUUUCUUCCCAACUCUAGCCCUCUUAAAAAUGUUGUCUCCUUCUCAGUACUCUCACCAAUUCCAAGCUUGUUAUAAUUACCAUUUUCUUCUUGUUCUCUUUUGAGGUUAUUUUGUUCUGCGUUUUGUUUUCUCAAUGUCAAGCUCCGAAGUCUUUUUAUCUUCACCUUCUUUGCCUGAGCGAUCUCCUGUUAAGGUUCAACUGGUUUCUAAAUCUGUAUCCGACCGACUACUCGAGAAGUUUUUUGAUGUAUCUCAAUACAACUUUGAUUAUGAGAAGAGUGGACUUUGGUCUCCCCCGGUUCGAAGAAGUGCCUUUUUAAGCUCACCUGGUAGAAUAUUCACUGAACAAGAAAUGCUUGAGAGGCUCAAAAGUGUAAUGGACAGACGUCGUAGUAGAAGAUACAAUAUUUGUUUCAGCGCAUUUUGCUGCUCUUGAAGGAUUUACGGUAGACCUUCUUUCAAUAAUGGGUACUGUCACCCGUGCAGUUUAACAACAAAAGCAGAAACAGAGAAAAGAAAGAAACAAGAGAAACCAACAGUACUUUCCUCUCCUUCCUUGAUGUAUAUGUUGUUAAUAUACUCGGAGAAAUAUAUGGUAAAUAAUAUACAUUUGUUUGAUAAGUUCA